AUUAUCUUUACUCCUAUAAAUGCACCACUGAAAUCCAACGAAAUCCGUCCUACAAAAUACAAAUAUCCUCUUGUUCUGUGUUGUGUACGACUGCAGAACAAGGUUCAACAUGGUCCAACGCCUGACCUACCGUCGUAGGUUGUCCUACAACACUGCCUCCAACAAGACCAGACUUUCCCGGACACCUGGUAACCGCGUUGUGUACCUGUACACCAAGAAAGUCGGCAAAGCCCCCAAGUCGGCAUGCGGUAUCUGCCCAGGGAGACUGCGCGGAAUCCGUGCUGUUAGACCUCAGGUUCUGAUGAGGCUCUCAAAGACUAAGAAGCACGUCAGCAGAGCGUACGGUGGCUCCAUGUGCGCCAAGUGCGUCCGUGACAGGAUCAAGCGUGCUUUCCUGAUUGAGGAGCAGAAGAUCGUUGUCAAGGUCCUCAAGGCACAGGCACAGAGCCAGAAGGCCAAGUAGAUGUAUUUGUAUUGCUUCAAUAAAAGAAAUGGGGGAAAAUGA